AACAAACAAUAUUUGCCACUAGAAUUGGAGCUAGAACAAGAACAAGUCUUGCUGAAUAAAAAUCAGCAUGGCUUCUGCAAAGCAAUGGGAAGAAACACAGACGGUGCUAUUUCGUCAGCGCCAGGAAGCAACGGCCAGGCGCCUGAGGAACCGGAGCUGCGCAUCAUCCUUGUGGGCAAGACAGGGGGAGGGAAAAGCGCCACAGGGAACACCGUCCUUGGGAGAGAGUGGUUUGACUCCAGACUGGAGUUCACACCCGUCACAAAGGUUUGCCAGUUGGGAAUCAGAGAAUGGGAGGGAAAGCGGGUUGUUGUCAUUGACACGCCGGCUCUUUUUGACUCCGAUGAAAGUCCGACGUCUGCGGAGGUCCGCCGCUGCCUCCGUCUCUCCAGCCCAGGCCCCCAUGCGCUGGUGCUGGUGUCCCAACUGGGCCGUUUCACAGAGGCAGACGAGAAGGUUGUGAAGCGGGCCAAGAAGGUCUUUGGAAAGGAGUCUGAGAAGUACCUGUUUUCCCUGUUCACCCGGAGGGAAGACUUGCGCAGGGAAAGCCUGGAAGAUUAUCUCUCUCACUCAGACAAGAGGUGUUUUGGGGAUUUCAAAAGCAAGCGGUACUGCGGCUUCAACAACAAUGAAACGGGAGAGAAGCAGGAAGCCCAAGUGGAAGAGCUGCUCUCCAGAAUCGAGCAGAUGGUGAAGGAGAAUAAAGAGAAGCCCUAUUGUGCGGUAACAUGGGAUUCAACCGGUUCCGAGAUUCCAUCUGGGGGGAAAGAAAAGGAGGCGGAAGAAGAGAGGGAGGAGAGGAAAGGGCACAAUGCACCUCUAGGAAAGGGGGAGGAGGAGGACGACGACGACGAGGACGACAACGACAAAGAAAAGCCACCAAUGCUUGAGGACGAUCAACAAGAGGCCCCAGAAGAGAGCAUGACCUGCCUGUAGGCCCAGACCCAGCAAGGGCUUUCCACAGGCCCAGCCCAGCAGCCAUCCUUGCCCUCGUCAUUGAGUCUGCUGCUGGGGCCCCCAGUCUCCUCCCAGGGCCAAACGCCACAGUUCCUUGCGCAUAUCCAGUGCAUUGCUCCGAUCCAGACGACACGACAAUCCUAUCCGAAAGCAGACUGCAAACCAAGGGAAUAAUCCCCUGGGGUGUUCUCCUGUGCAAAUCCCAUGGAAGUUAUAAGGAGCUGCGCAAGAGCUUGUGCAAGAGCCGUUCCUUCCUGGUGGAUUGUGCCACAAGUGAAUUACGGACACAUUUCAGUCAGC